CUUGAUUGCUCAACCGCCUUGACGCAUCAAAGUCAUCCCGACUAUCAACAUUCUCUCGUUACCUCUCAUCUUUGUUCCCUAGCCUCACAAGUGUCGCAGGGAAUUGUCCGCUGCCCAACACAGCAACCGCGUCUUCCACUUCACCCGCAAUAUUUUGUCCAAGUAUCUUUACUCAUGAUGUCUCGUCGCGGGUCAGCCGAUUCGUACUCCUCUGUACUAUCUGAUGACUCCUACCUUGAGACGCUUAAGGAGGUCGACGGCCCAUUCAAGGAAAUACUAAAUGAAAUAAGAAUCACUGAGAAUAAUCGAAGAAUACUAAAGGAACGCAAGAUUCAGUCGCAUGAAUUGAAGAAGCGUGACCCCAACGAUACACAAAGACGGUCAAACUGGACUCCAGAAAUGGAGACGGACUACGCUUCUUACAAGUUCAAAGUCAAUACCCUGGCCGCGGCUAAGGCAGUCCAAGAGGAAUCAGAAAAAAUUGCGAGAAAGAGUAGGAAUGCAGAUGUUGCAACUCAAGAGUUUGCUCGCAAUAAGGCUCUGCAAGAUGACGAGAAAUGGCUAGAUGCGUGUGACAAGCUGAGCUCCUAUAGUGUUAGUAUAAGAGGAAUUCCCAAGGGACAAACCUUGUACUAGGUUUAUGUUGGCGGAUAGGCCAGGCUGGACUGGCGGGCAAUCAACAAGGAUAAAAGGGGUUUAUUCACACAACUAGUAGAUGAUACUUUGUAGGUAUAAUCAAGCGUUAUUCUAUAUUCACAACUGGCU